AUGUCGCGGCCGAAACAGCACAUCGUCUUUCUGACGGGACCUACGGGCACUGGCAAGACGACGAUAGCAAAAUAUCUGACAGGUUCGCUACGCAUGACCUUUAUCGAAGGCGACGACGUCUGUGCCCCUCCUCCCUCCAUCCUCCCUCAGAUGAACCGCCAACUCUAUUACCACCCAAAGGAGAACGUAGAAAAGAUGCACAGAGGCGAAGCCCUCACCGACGACGACCGCUGGGGCUGGCUCGACGCCCUCCGUGACGAGGCCCUCAAGGAACUGGAGCGGGACCACCAGGGUGUCAUCGUCACCUGUUCCGCUCUCAAGCGCGCCUAUCGUGACGUCCUACGCGGUGCGUCGCACCCGGAGAAGGACAUAUUUGUCCAUUUUGUCACACUGCACGCGCCCGAAGAGGUGCUCUUCGAGCGUGUCAAGAAUAGGCAUGGCCACUUUGCUGGAUCCAACCUGGUGCACAGCCAAUUCCAGAGCUUGGACCCGCCGCAGGCGGACGAGCCAGACGUCGUUGGCGUCGAUGUGCAGCCGCCUGUGGCCGAGGUGAAGAGGGAUGCGCUGGAGAAGUUGAAGGGUCUGCUGAGUAGGUGA